AUGGAUUCUGCUGCAGAGCAUGAUAUCGAGAAGGGAGUGCAAGUCCAAGCCACCAUCAACCACUCCAUAGGCCGCGAUGGCAAUUCCACCCUCGAAAACGACAGUGCUCAUGCCCCUCGCUCCGAGGGAAGAUUGGGCUACUGGAGCGUCAAGAUGGAGAAAAUCUGGGGAGUGGAAGCCCGUGGCAUCACCCGGGUGAUGGACGACGAGAAAGAUGUGCCUCAGCCGCUUCAUGACUACUUCCACAUGUUUUCGCUAUGGUUCAGCAUCAACUUGCAAAUUGUGAACAUUAUCGUUGGUUUUCUCGGACCUUUGGUAUAUAAGCUCGGCUGGGUGGAUAGUGUCUGCAUUGUUAUUUUUUCGAAUGCACUCGCCUCGUCUGCAAUCGCAUACAUGGCGACCUUUGGACCGGAAAGUGGUAACAGGACUCAGAUUAUUGGUCGAUAUUUCAUGGGCUAUUGGCCUUCGAAAAUUGCAUGCUGCUGCAAUAUUGUUCAGCAAAUAGGCUUUGGCACCAUAGGAUGUAUCAUUACUGGCCAAAUGAUUACAGCAGUUGCUGGAGGAAGAUUGAGCUUGGCCGUUGGAUGCGUUAUUACCGCGCUUUGCAUUGGUGUGAUCGCUACUUUCGGUAUCGAAUAUGUGAAUAAGAUCGAGAGAUUCGGAUACAUUCCACAGGCGAUUGUCAUGUUCGUGCUUAUCGGUUGCGUUGGCAAGAACUUCGACAUCAACGCAGUCUCCGUCGGUGACUCUGGAACCAUUAACGCCAACCGCUGUUCAUUCUUCGCCUUAAUAUUUGCCAGCGUGGUUGGAUUUACUGCCAUCAGCGCCGACUUAUAUGUCUAUUAUCCCAAAGAUCAUCCCAAAUGGGUGACAUUUGCGUCCACGUGGUCCGGCGUCUGGAUCGCUGUGAUUUUCGGCAACAUCAUUGGAAUUGGCAUUGCUACUGGUGUGCCAAACAUCCCAGCAUGGAGUGACGCCUACGAUGUCUCGGCUGGUGCACUUCUCUAUGCUUGUUAUAGUGGCCUCGGUGGUUUUGGCGGCUUCUGCGUCGUCAUUCUUGCCCUGAGUUCCAUCACCAAUAAUGCACCAUGUAGCUACAGUGCGGCAUUGACAAUACAGGUUCUUGGACGCUGGGCGAGUAAAGUUCCACGUUGGUUCUGGUGUAUUCUGAUCACAGCAGUUGAGCUCGUCUGCUCCGUCUGCGGUCGUAACAAGCUCUAUUCCGUGUUUGAAAACUUUCUCCCGAUGAUGGGAUAUUGGAUUUGCCCCUGGCUUACCAUCAGUCUGGAGGAAUAUUUCAUCUUCCACAAACUGGCGGGCAAAUCAUUCGACUGGUCCAUUUAUGACGACAGAACCAAGCUACCGGUUGGAUUCGCGGCCCUGUUGUCGUUUCUGAUUGGAAUUGCUGGGGCGAUCGUAGGCAUGUAUCAGAUCUGGUACACAGGUCCUAUUGCUCUAAGGAUUGGGGGCGAAUAUGGUGGUGAUAUUGGAGAUUGGCUCGCCGUCGGCUUGACGGCCAUUGUGUUUCCACCGUUGAGAUAUCUAGAGUUGAAGAAGUUUGGACGGUAG